GCUCAGCAGCGGCUUACUCAAUGUGCUAGAAGUGCUGAAACACGACGUGAAAAUAGGGCUGGGCACAGAUGUGGCUGGUGGUUAUUCACCUUCCAUGCUGGAUGCAAUCAGAAGAGCAGUGAUGGUUUCCAGUACCCUUGUAAUUACUCAGAUAAAUGAGAGAAGCCUCACCCUCAAAGAGGUAUUCAGACUAGCGACUCUCGGAGGCAGCCAAGCCCUGGGGCUUGACAAAGAAAUUGGAAACUUUGAAGUGGGCAAGGAAUUUGAUGCCCUCUUGAUCAACCUCAAAGCAUGUGAUUCUCCCAUUGACCUGUUUUCUGGGGAUUUUGAUGAUAAUUCUGACGCUUUUAUCCAGAAGUUUCUCUAUCUAGGUAAGUAGAAAUAUGUCUCUAUGCUAAAUAAAAUCUUUCUUUGUCUCUAUCUUGGGUAUGACUCUCUGCAUUUAUGAUACCACAUGUAAAACCCUAUGUGUGAUCAUUUGCUUUGGUUUUUUAAAAACAUUUCUCAGCAUAGAGUCCAUUUGUGGCACAAUAUUUAAAGACACAAUGUGAAAUUGGCAUGCUCCUCUAGAACAUACAGUCAUAAAUCCUAAUCUGAGGAGUGGCAGGCCCAGGGGAUGGCUAAUCAUGCCUCUUCCCCCUACACUCAUUCUCUAUCCCGAGCUGCCCUACCA